AGCGCGGAAGGCCCCCGACGGCGUCCCAGGAGCCGGGCUGGCGCCUCAGCGGCCGGGAGGGAGGCCCCCAGGAUGGCGAUGCUGGCGGAGCCCCGUAGAAGGCAGAAGUGGUCUGUGGAUCCACGAAACAGUGCUUGGAGUAAAGAUGAAUCUAAAUUUGGCCAGAAGAUGCUGGAAAAGAUGGGCUGGUCCAAAGGAAAGGGUCUUGGGGCUCAGGAACAAGGGAAUACAGAACAUAUCAAGGUUCACGUGAAAAACAACAUGCUGGGGUUAGGAGCAACCAUCAAUCACGAGGACAGCUGGAUUGCUCAUCAGGAUGACUUCAACCAGCUUCUGGCUGAACUGAAUGAUUGCCAUGGACAGGGUGAAACAGUGUUUUCCAGUUCUGCACAGACAUUUAGUGGCCUUGGCGGGGAUUUUUGGGAAAGCUGUCUAGUUGAUGGAAGGUCACUCCAAGUGUUACCGAGGUAUUAAAUGGUGCCAAAGAAGACAUCUUGUGUUCAGUCCCAGGAGAAGCUAAGCAGUACUUCUGCUUGGUGAUUUGAUCAAAAGCAGAUGUCCCAUUCCAACAGCUAACGUUGCCAACUUCACAGCUGACAUCAUCUUUGCAGGGAAUACAACUGAAGGUGCAUACCCAGAUGCCUCCCAAAGCAUUGUCAUAUGCUCGUCAUGUCUCGGUACCACAGGCAAGUUGCCGGGCGCAGGGACCAGCUGAGUGUUUCCUCCUGCCUAAUUCCAGAGCUCUGGGCGUGGUAGGACAGGUCAAUCCCUGCCUGCAUAGCCAGUAGCUGCAGUGCUGGCUAACCUCCUCAGUGCCAUGAGUACGGCAAUGCAAAUGAUCUCCUGCCAAGGCAGGUGCCCACACAUUCCCAUGAAAGACACUAGGAAUGACAGCAUCUUGGCCUCAAGCCAUUCCUUUUGUAUGAAUGUCCCUGAUGCGUCCAGUCCCUAGCAACAGGAAGAAGAGCUCUUUGGUAGCUGCAUUCUAAGGGCCUGUAAUACUUUUCAGCACGCAUAGCUUUUUUUCCCUUCUUGCGUUAAUGGCUCGGUUGUUAGCUGCCCUUCUUAGGCAGCUAAGAGCACUUUCUCCAAGGGAGUGUGGUUCUCCUGGCACCCUUGCCAAACUUUAGAGCCUAUGGCAACGGUGUAAUCCUUUCCGCCUUGCACAUUUUGUUGCCAUAAUCCCGCCUUGCACAUUUUGUUGCCGUAAUCCCAUGGGCAUGUAGGCUGGGGGGUGCCCCCUCGAUGGUCAAGCAAGCAUUUCCUUUUUGAAAGCACUUAAUGCUGCCUGGUGUUGAGGUUCCCAAUUCCGUAGGGAGCUUUUCCUCAGCAAAUCAUGCAGAGGUGCUACUUGAAUACGGAAUCCAGGAAAGUGUCACCUCCAAAACCCCCCAAGUUCCUCAGACAGGUCUCAAGGGUUUUGAUCUGAAAGUGUGGGAAUGUUUUCUAUCACCUCUCAUAUAGAUUCUGGCAGUGUUUUCCGUCCCCCUAUCCAUCGGGUGCCCAAGAAGGUGACCCCUGGGCUGGGUCCUUGACAGGAUUCACACACGGCUCCCAGUCGAUGCGCUGCAGGGGUCCCAGGGAAACUGCCAGGGGAGUUUCUUCCAGCAGGAACCGUGCGGGUUGUGGUUUCCACCUCCAAAUCCUUCUGUGCAGAACCUCGGGCCCUGAGCACAUGCCUUGGAGACACCUCUGCCGUGUCCUGUGCACAGCUGGGGCAUGGGCAGGGGGGCAGAGUGUCCUGCUUGGACGUGGUGGAUCUCGCGGCUGAUACUGUGAGGCCAUAGAGGGAACUCUCGUGGUCAGGCAGGUCUAGGGAGGCUCUUCAUAAGGGGGGGUUCUUCCAGAAUUCCUCUGCUCCACCCUCCUCUCGAAACACUUCCUCCGCUGCCUUGAAAUGGGGCCUUGCUGAUAUGCCACAGGCAAGGGCUUUUCUUGUCUCCCUGGACAAUUGUGCAGGAGAACUGACUGUCUGUCCUUGGGGAGCUGUCUCUCUGGCAGCUCCUGUUUUCCCAGGCCCCCAGCUCUGGAGGAUUUUUGGGCACCUUUUCCUGCGGUUUGCCAAAGAGCAUGACACGCAGCGCUUUCCGAUGGCUCUGCCAGGUGUCCUGCCGUCCUCGGUGCACUUGAUGGAAAAAGCCUGGGGCCUCUUUCGAAAGGUCUUUUGUGGAGUAGAGGGUGAAAGUAGUGUGGAAGUGGGGAAGACGGAGGCAUCAGAUGAGGCAAGGAGCUGUGCAGGGAGCAGCUGGAGGCUGUUUGGGGCAGGGAGAGCUGUUUGAUAGCUGGGAAGGCAAUCCUGCACGGUGUUGUUCCAGUGCCUCCUUCUGCAACCUUAGCUGUUACUGCUGCCCUGGCAGUUUGCCCUCCCUCUCGCUGGCCUCCUGCUCCCUUGCCCAGCCUUCCAGGCGGUCGUGGCAGGACAGGUCUGGUUCUGAGAAGCACCUGUCCAUGCUGCUGAUGCCACUGGUGAAAUUGCUCAGGGAAGGGGCAGAGACGCAGGUAGGAUAGGGCCUGCGGAGACUGCUGCUCCUGCCCUUGGGCUGCUCCAGCUCCAACACGGGGGUGCUGCCUUCAGCUUGCGGCUCCGCGCUGUUGCAGGCAGAACCGUCAUGCUGAGGAGCCCCUGGGUGUCCUGUGGGGAGAAAGAGCCUGCUAGGUCUUUGUUAGGGGCCACCUGAAGAUACAAGGGGGCUUUCGCUGUGGAACCACGCACCCUAGGAAAACAAGGACCCCCGAGGACAAUGUCCUGUGAGAGUGCACUUCUAGGCCAGCGUUAGCAACUAGGAGAGGAGCAGAAGCGCACAGAGGUUUCCCAUCUGGGAGGAAUGCUGUUCUGGGAGUGCUGUCCUUUGGAAAGUGUUCCAGGGGGCAACCACUGCACUACCAUGUUCAAGUGUCUGCAGCUCUCUGCAUUGCCACAGCCUUCUGUCUUCUGCUAUGCAAGGCAAGACUGCAAACCAGCAGCCCUAGCCUGGCACAACCAUCAGUGCCUCCUCCUACCUGUGGAGCUGUUGGUGUGCUCCGGUGACUCCUGGGCCGAGGGACUGAAGGGCAAGGUGAUGUCCUCCCCAAAUAUUGCUCGGCAGUUGUCUAUUAGGAACGCCACCAGGGCUGUCACCUGCACACAGAAAACCCGUGAUGUCAGAGAUUUGCCUGUCCUGUUGCACAUAGUCCUGAUGUGGGGCGCCCCAAUGUUCAGAGGUGCUGCUUCGUUGAGCUUUGGCAAGGGCACGGGGCUGUGCGGGGCUGGCCCCGAGCUGCGCCAAAGGUGGGAGCCAGGGGCUGAACUCCACAGACCUUGUCGUUCCUCUCCUUCAGCUCUGCCAGCGUGAGCACGUUGUCCGUGCAGGGGCUCAGCAUAUUUGGCCCCACGCAGAUCGCAAGGUUGCUGGUGUCCAUCUUGCUGGUCUCCACGUUUUCGCUGAUGUGACGCAGCACAGCGAGCAAGCGCUGGAGCAGCAGGAGGUUUGCUGUGGGCAGGCUGUCGGCCACCCUAGGGAACACAAACCAAAGGGAAGGUUAAAGAUGCA